GGGACAGUUUCCGUGGCUGAGGAGCCGGCGGCGGCGAGGCAGGGUUACCACCAGUUCGGGGAAGUUUAUUCUCGGGGGGCGGCGACGGCGAGGGGGGCGGCUCCGGAAGGGGACGAGGCGAUGCUGAAGCCGGGAUGGAGCCGUGACCAGUGAUCAUAGGGAGCUGCUGGCAUGGAACCAAACUGUGUUUGUUUGUGGGAACUGUAAGCAAGAUUUGCUCAAGGCAACAGUGAAAAGAUUUCAGGUGAUCUUCAAAGAUGGCCUGUCCCCUACUCGUUAAGCAGGUUGCCAUCACAAAAGCCAAAGUGGAUUUCUCCGGUGUGGUGUGCCUGCCCCCUUCCGCCAUUGCUGGAAAUGGGCUGGACGGAGGAGGGGCUGGCGAAAAUGAUGAUGAACCGGUGUUGGUGUCGCUUUCUGCGGCGCCAAGUCCCCAGAGCGAAGCUGUUGCCAAUGAGCUGCAGGAGCUCUCCCUGCAGCCCGAGUUGACCCUGAAUCUUCACCGUGGCCGAAACCCCAAUCUCCCUCCGCUAAGUGAGAGGAAGAACGUGCUGCAGUUGAAGCUCCAGCAGCGACGGACACGGGAGGAACUGGUGAGCCAGGGGAUCAUGCCGCCUCUGAAAAGUCCAGCUGCAUUUCAUGAACAGAGAAGGAGCUUGGAGCGUGCCAGGACAGAGGACUAUCUGAAACGGAAGAUCCGGUCCCGGCCAGAGAGAUCGGAGCUGGUCAGAAUGCACAUUCUGGAAGAGACCUCAGCUGAACCCUCCCUGCAGGCCAAGCAGCUGAAGCUGAAGAGAGCCAGACUGGCAGACGACCUCAACGAGAAGAUAUCGCAGAGGCCGGGUCCCAUGGAGCUGGUGGAGAAGAACAUCCUUCCUGUGGAGUCCAGCCUGAAAGAAGCCAUCAUUGUUGGGCAGGUGAACUACCCAAAGGUUGCAGACAAUUCCUCUUUUGACGAGGACAGCAGUGAUGCCCUGUCCCCAGAGCAGCCAGCCAGCCAUGAGUCCCAGGGAUCUGUACCAUCACCGAUGGACGCCCGGAUUGGUGAGCCGCUUCCCAGCACCACUGUGUCAUCAACAGCUCAGGUUGUGUCCCAGUUACAGAUCAAUGCAGACUCCAAUGAAACACCUUUCCUACCUGAACAGCCACUCCCUCCUCUUCCACCACCACCUCUGCUGCCUCCUAGCUUCGCCAACAGAGCCACUAUUCCUGUUGCCAAGCCCCCACCAACGCUCAUUAAGCAAAGCCAGCCCAAGUCUGCCAGCGAGAAGUCUCAGCGCAGUAAAAAAGCCAAGGAAUUGAAGCCGAAAGUCAAGAAGCUCAAAUACCACCAGUACAUCCCCCCGGACCAAAAGCAGGACAAAGGGGCUCCCCCCAUGGACUCAUCCUAUGCCAAAAUACUGCAGCAGCAACAGCUCUUCUUGCAGCUCCAGAUCCUCAACCAGCAGCAGCAGCAGCACUACAACUAUCAGACCAUCCUGCCAGCCCCACCAAAGCCUCCAGGAGAGCAGCAGAGUGGCACUAGUGCCCCUGCCAUGCGUAGUCUCUCUGCUACCGGCAGCAGCGCAUCUUCUGGAUCCUCCAGUUCUAGUGGGCUGAUGCGACAAAACAGUAAUGCCACAGUGGGUAAACCGGGCCCUCUCCCCACCAACCUAGAUGAAAUGAAGGUGGCAGAGCUGAAGCAAGAAUUGAAGAUGAGGGCGCUGCCUGUCUCAGGCACCAAGACGGACCUGAUUGAGCGGCUCAGAGCUUACCAAGAGCAGAAUGGCAGCCAAACAGCCAGCAAUCCCAAGCCCAGUGCAACAGCCAUCCUCCCAAAAGCUGCUGAGGUGGUGGUAGCCUUCCCAGCUGCUAGGCUGAGCACUGGGCCGGCCCUGGUCACUACUGGCAUUGCACCAACAGAGGUAGUUGUGGCCACCGUCACCAGCAAUGGCAUGAUGAAGUUUGGGAGCACAGGCUCAACACCACCUGUUUCGCCCACCCCCUCAGAGCGUUCACAGAUGAGCACUGGGGAUGAGAACUCUGCCACUGGAGAUGCCUUUGGAGAGACGGUGACUUCGCCUCUGACCCAGCUUACCCUGCAGGCAUCUCCAGUGCAGUUCCUGAUGAAGGAAGAGAGCUCUAAGGCUACCUCCUGCAGCCUAAAUCCAGCACCCAGGUUGGAGCGGUGCAGCACCAGCAGCAGCAAGGAUAUGGAGGUCCAGGAUAAAGAUCAGAUGUUGCAGGAGAAGGACAGGCAGAUUGAGGAACUCACCCGAAUGCUGAAACAGAAGCAGCAGCUGGUGGAGAUGCUGAGGCUGCAGCUAGAACAGGAGAAACGGUCUCAGCAGCCACUACUAGCCAUGGAAACCGGAGUAGUCCCUGCCUCUAGUCCAGUGGCUCUUGGCACCCAGAUUAAGAGUGAAAACGGGUUUCCGAGUUGCCAGUCUGCAGGGCUGCCUGAUGGCCAAACGGAUCAAUUCAACCCUGUGUCCACCACUAGCCAAAUGGACACUUCAGAUCCAAGCUCAGUGCCAAAGAAAGCGGUGAUGGUGAAACAGGAGGUGCUGACAGCAGAAACAGAGCCACCAUGCCAGUCCCACACCCCGCAGCUCUUCCUUGGUCAGCAAGGGGGUCCCCUGAGUGACCUCAUCAAGGGGGCCCCUCCCCCUACCCUCAUCACAGAUUCCACAGGGACCCACAUUGUCCUUACAGUGACCAAUCAGAAUGCUGAGAGGCGGGGCCUCUCACCACAGGGGAAUAGCUGCACACCAUUGCAGAGAGUACAGUCGUCACCCACUAAACUAUCCAGCCAACCACAGUGUCAGCUACCUGCAAGCAACUCGCAGCAGCAGCCUCCCAGGCUACUGAACCAGCCCGUCAGGAAGGCUCAGAAGCCAGGUCUGCAGGUGGUCACUGGGCAGCUGCCCCACACAAUUUUGUCUUUCUCAGCACCUCCAAACCUGCAGCCCUUUUUCCUCAACGGCUUCCACAAAGGAUCUCUGAAAACUGGUGCUCCUAGCAAAGCCAAACAACCCAAUGUGCCGAAAAAGUCAUCCUCACAGCCAGGUUCUCCUGCUGCCACUUCCCCACCCCAGAUGGACCUUGAGCAGCAGCAGCACCCGUCCCUUUUUGGGACCCCUUCACCUCCUCUCCCUGGCUCCUCGGUGCCGAUGAAAGAACCACCAGGCUAUGAAGAGGCCAUGAAGCAACAGCCAAAGCCCCAUGAGGAGAACGGCUGUUCGAGCCAACAGAUGGACGACCUGUUUGACAUCCUCAUAGAGAGUGGAGAGAUUUCAGCUGAUUUCAAGGAGCAGCCCUCUCCAGCUGGGAAGGAGACAUCGGUGUCUCCAGCAUGCGCCUCGCCGCCCAACAGCCACCAUUCCUCUGAGCUUCCCCUGCACAUGUCCCUUGGCCAUACCAGCUGCAUUAACCCUGUCCUAGCAGGCCGGCUGGAGGACUUCCUGGAGAGCAGCACUGGCCUCCCCCUUCUGCCAGCAGGCCACGAUGGGCCUGAGCCCUUGUCCCUGAUCGAUGACCUCCACAGUGAGAUGCUGAGCAGCUCAGCCAUUCUGGACCACCCGCCUUCCCCUAUGGACACCUCAGAAUUGCACUUUGCCCAUGAGCCAACUGGGGGACUAGUCCUGGACCUAGCUGAGGGUAACUUGGACAGCAUGGACUGGCUGGAGCUUUCGGGGGGCCCUGUCAUGAGCCUUGCUCCCCUAAGCACUGCAGUCCCCAGCCUCUUCUCCACAGACUUCCUUGAUGGACAUGAUCUGCAGCUGCACUGGGAUUCUUGCUUGUAGCUCUCUGAAUGGACACUGAAGGGAAUGGGGGGGAGGGCACAGGCACGGGGCGGGAAGAGGCCAAUCAACCAACAAUGAGCCCCUUUCGUGUAAACUCUUCCCCCAGUCGUGACCUCCUGUAGUGAAACUCGUACUGUUGGCAAGGGCUGGCACAGCUGUUGGUGGGUCAUUGUGCUCACUGGGGCUACAAUCAGCAGGUCAGACCAGAGCAGUAACCAUAGCUUUCAGGGGACAGGGGCUGCAGAUGUUUGAAAUGGGCGUGUUCCCUGCCUAUACCCUGGCUCUAAAGCUGAAAUAUCACCACUGCAGGGUAGGGAGGCCUCCCCUGCUCCUUUGGCUCAACUGGGAACAGCUCACCUGGGAGCCAGGAGAGGGGUAGGGCAGGGGCCAACCUAAAAGCAAUUGGGAAACAAAGGGGUUCCUGCUGUGCUGGGAGGGGUGAACGGUCACUUACAGGGACUCCUCAUGUUAGGCAGCAGCUCAGCUAUUCCUCCCAGCGGCUGUUUAAGGAAGGGGGAGCACUGCGUUAGCCAUGGCCCCGCUCUUCCUGCAGACCAGAGCUGUCACGCGGGUCUCGGUUAUAGGAGAAGCUUCAGGCCAAAGGGACGCUCAAGCAAUAAGCCACCUUCGACCAGGGGCAGUACAAGGGAUGGGUUCGGUUAGGAUCUGCCGUCUGGCUGGAGGAGAGAGAGGUCCAUGGGGGAAUGACCAGGCAGCGCACCCCUCACUCACGGGAGUUCUACAGCCACAGAUGCUAGUGCCCAAAGAAAUACCCUUUCUCAAGUAGAUCAGGUUGUUGCUGGUUAGGGGCCCUGUACUAAGUCCUUCACACAACCCAGGAUGAGAAACCAGAGCAGGGAGAAGGGGAUCAUGACUGGAAACCCAGCCCUCCCAUCCUGCUCUGGGCCAAGGCCGUGAGCAAAGUAGAGUAACUACUGCCACAGGAGCGUGCAGGGCACUGCAGUGCAAAACUCAGGCUGUGCUGAGAGCCAGUCAAAGGGGCGCAUGAACUUCCUGCCACACAGAUGGAAGGCGACUACGGGGCCUCCAUUUCCCAGCUCUGAGGUGCUGUUACUCGUGGUAGAGCAGGUACCUGCCUAGGAUCCUGGAGGGUCGGGCUUCAGCUUUGUGUGUGUGGCUUUUGGAAGCCGCUGAUCCGGGAUGGGGUGUUGGGUGGGAGGAGGGGGAGGUGGGCCCUCUGCAGCAGCUAUUAGUCAUGGCUGCAGCUUAGGAAAGGCUAAGCCUGCUGCUGGGUUCAUAUUGCACAAAAGGAGAGUGGCCCAACCUGCAUUACGGUGCUAAAAACCUGCUCUUUCGAUUGGGGCCCCAGCCUCCCGCAGAGCUGGGGGUGGGCCAAGAAUCCCGGCACACAGGCUGCAUCAGGCCCCUUGCUCAUUCUGCCCCUGGGGUUCCUACUCAGCCUGCAGCCCAAGCUCCCUGCUGUCAGGUCAUUAGCACCAGCCUGCUCAAGCCCUGCUGCAGCUGUGGCUCACUAGGCACAGCUGGGCUGUCUGGGCCUAACAGCUGCCCAGGGCCAGAAGAGGCUGAGUGCUGGAAAAUAGCCAGUGGGUGGCUGGAGCCAGGGGUGAGGCAGCUAUUGAUGUCUCCUCCAUGCGUGAGGGGGCCUUCUGUGCUGUGGGCUAUUAGAGACAAGCAACUUAGGGUGACACUAUUUUCAGGUGAGCGAUUUGUCUCCUGGCGUCAGCUUUCCCCCUGCUCACCCAUGCCAUGAGCCCCUGCGGGGACAGAGAGACUUCCCUGCUGCCCAGGGGAAGGGUUGGAAAAACAGCUGAUGCAGUGUGUCACAGAAAUGAAGGGGAGAGGGCAAGCAUCAUGCUCAUGUUGCUCUGCAGCAGUGGCAGAUGGUUCAUUGCAGGGCAGGGCUCUGGCACAGGCCCCUCCUGGAGGCGGGAGAGGUGUGGAAGGCUAUUCUCAGGCAUCGCUAAAGCAGAUGCGAAGGCAGGACGGUCUCUGCUGAGCAGUGCCAUGUUCACCCUAGUCCCAGAGGAGUAAAAGGAAAAAAAAAAAUUCUUACUAGAAAUUUCACACCCAGUCUCCCUCCCAUCCCCUUUUUGGCCUACCCCUCUAAGCUCCCUAGGCUGCAGCAGAGUGGGGAUUUUAGCUUAGUUUAUGUGACCUAGAAAUGGCCUUCUCAACCCCAAGCGACUUUGGUAAUUAUGGCUGAGUUUGGAAGGGGCUGCUUUCAAGCCUUUAUACGUCUUACUCAUCCUAGUCCCCUUCUAAGCUUGUUCUGUCUCUGGUCAGUGAUGUCAUUCACCACCUCGUGUGAAAAGUGAACCAGCCAUGCUGUUUGGAGCCUCCCCUCUUCUGCCCUAGACAGGUGCUGAGCCUGUGGGGAGCGGGGACGGUCUGCUGUGUAUGGCUGUGGGCAGAAGGCAGCAUGGCCAACUGGACUCUUAUGGAGAAGCUGGUGGUGGUGGUGCUGCUUUCAGAGGACCAGGGCUGGAGGUACUGGCUUUGAAAGAAAAUUUAAUAGGAAAAAGUGAAUUCCCCUCACCCAACUUGUGUGAUGGUAGGACAGACACAGGGUGGGGUAAGCAAUUUCCUUUGCCCCCAGUAGCUGAAUAUGUCAGUGUAUCAACCAGUCUGGUGUCUGUCCCUGGCGUACCUGGGAAGAGACAUGCCUCAGGAUGAAGGAGGGGGUUUCAUGCUGCUUUCUUGCCUCUUGGUAUCUGCCAUUCAUUAGUAGCUAAGGAAGAAUCUCUGUAUAUGUAUAUACCUCGCUAGCUGUUCUUGGAGGGAAAGUGGGGAGGUGCAGCCACCCUCCUACUCUAUGUCAAGGCAUAAGUGGCAGCUGGGCAUGGUAUACCUGAAUCACCGGGAGGGGAGCAUGUCUUGCAUUGCUGGAGCCCCUUCUGCUUGUUCUGGGAGGAGAGUUGGUAUUGUAAUUCUAUGGUUUGGGGAGGAGAUGGAAUCAGGCCACGGCUUAGCUGUUCUAGUCUUAUUGCACGUGCCCUUCAAAGGCGAUUGCUUCUUUUUACUAUUCUGUGUUUAGCUGGUGUGCACACAAGUCAGUGAAGCUGUGCCCAUCUCCCAUGGUGCAAAGCUGUGCAUUCUUCUCCUUCCCUACUGCAAGGGUGUGCUGGAGAAGCCAUGUGUCCUGAGCAAUAGAGCAGCUGUAUAACGUUCCUGGUUGUUCCCUCCCCCCCCCUCCGGGCAGGAAAGGACUGCUGAAUCGGAGGCUGGAACUGGGCUUCUUUCUUAUGGCCUGGACUGGCCCUAGCUCUAUGCACUAAUUGGGCUGUCUGUUUCUGAUACAAAAGAAUCAGUUUUUGCAUAGGGGGCUCACACCACCAUGGCUGCUGCAUCUGUUCUGCCCAGAACUCUACAUAUCACAUCACCCCUUGGAGUCUGAGCAAGGUGUCUGGGUACCUGCAAACCCCCCCCGAAUCACUUACUCAGUGCUCCUGGGGUUAAAGAAAUUGUGUAUGAGGCAGAACAAACCCAUCUCCUGUAAUCCUUGGGACCUGGGCUGGAGGGGCUUCCAGCCUGACCUAAGCUGCUCCAGUAUUGUGUGAAAACCAGGCUGUCAGUAUGGCUUUGGAGGCUGCUUUUAUAUGUACCACUGUGAUCCCUGGCCCCACUGGAGCAGAGGCUCGGCUUUUUUUUGGGGGGGGGGGGGGGGACAAAUAACC